AACAACAACCCAUAAGACUUGGACAUUUGUGUUUCUCCUCAACAUUCAAAGUCUUUAGUGAAACCUCUCUUGUAAGAAGCCAAAAAAAUAAAGAGAAAGAUUCAAAGAAGGAAAGAAAUUGAGGAUGACUAUUUCAAGUCCAAAGAGAGAUUUUGAGUAGACCCUCUUCACAAAAAUCCAAUCUUAGAGUCUUACUAGUUACUAUCUAGCUUACAUACACAGAGACACUAUACCAAAAAUCCAAUCUUAUUAGAGUACUUACUAUAUAGCUUACACAUACACACACACGAAGUACUAUUUCAACGAUCAAGAGCGUGUGCGUGAGGAUAUGGGUAGACCACCUUGUUGCGAGAAGAUUGAGGUGAAGAAAGGACCAUGGACUCCCGAAGAAGACAUAAUCUUGGUCUCUUAUAUCCAACAACACGGCCCUGGAAAUUGGAGAUCUGUCCCUGCAAACACCGGUUUGCUAAGGUGUAGCAAGAGUUGCAGACUUAGAUGGACUAAUUACCUUCGUCCCGGGAUCAAACGAGGAAAUUUCACUCAACCGGAAGAGAAGAUGAUCAUCCACCUUCAAGCUCUUUUGGGAAAUAGGUAUGGAAUUACUCCUUUAAUUCUCCCUGUUUUAUAUUAAAUUGAUUCACGUUGAUCUCCAAUAUCUAAGUUUGUCCAUCUUCCGUAAUCUCCUAAUUAACAAUAUAAAUUAUAUAGAGUAUUAGCAUUUCAUUUUAUUAGUGUUUUUUUUGUUAUUAUUUAUUUGAUUGGAUGUCCACUUUGAAAAUAAGAUGGGCAGCUAUAGCAUCAUAUCUACCUCAGAGGACCGACAAUGAUAUCAAGAACUACUGGAACACUCAUCUUAAAAAGAAACUAGUGAUGAUGAAGUUUCAAAAUGGUAUCAUCAACGAAAACAAAACCAAUCUGGCAACAGAUAUUUCGUCUUGUAAUAAUAACAACAAUGGAUGUAAUCACAACAAAAGGACCACCAACAAAGGCCAAUGGGAGAAAAAACUUCAAACAGACAUCAACAUGGCCAAACAAGCCUUAUUCCAAGCCUUGUCACUUGACCAACCAUCUUCAUUGAUCCCUCCCGAUCCUGACUCACCAAAACCUCAUCAUCAUUCUACCACCACUUAUGCCUCAAGCACAGAUAACAUCUCUAAAUUACUCCAGAACUGGACAAGCUCAUCAUCGUCAAAGCCUAACACUUCAUCAGUCUCCAACAACCGGAGCUCAAGCCCCGGUGAAGGAGGACUUUUUGAUCAUCACUCUUUGUUCUCAUCGAAUUCAGAAUCUGGAUCAGUUGAUGAGAAGCUGAAUUUGAUGUCCGAGACAAGCAUGUUCAAAGGUGAGAGCAAGCCAGACAUAGACAUGGAAGCUACACCUACUACUACUACUACUGAUGAUCAAGGCUCGUUGUCAUUGAUCGAGAAAUGGUUGUUUGAUGAUCAAGGCUUGGUUCAGUGUGAUGAUAGUCAAGAAGAUCUCAUCGACGUGUCUUUAGAGGAGUUAAAAUAAUGAUAACAACAGUCAAGAUUUGUUCUAUAAGAAAAUAAAACGUAUAGAACAACGAUAAAGCUAGCUAGGUUUAUUAAUUUUUCUUUCUUUUGUCUUUUCUCUAUGAUCUUUAGUUACAUUUUAUUUUACUGUGUGGCUUGCUUGUGGUCAAGUCGAUGAAGAUCAAACUGUGAUAUACUAUUUAUAUGUAAAGUACUAUAAAGUUAAGAGUAGUUGAAUAAACUAAAGUUUUUCGGUUGGGUCAAAAAC